AUGCCGCGUGUGUUUCUUCCGCAGAUUUUGUGGCACAGCAAAGACAACAAGCGCUGUGACCGCGUCUACUCGCUGGACUUUCAGCCGAUCGUAUCACCGGACCCCAAAGUUGGCGACGAAAACCUCGUGAACAGGAAAAGUGUAACUUGUUUGAGGCUAGCGACUGGAGGAGCGGACGAAUUCGUCCACAUUUGGCAAAUUUUAAUCCACAACCAAGCGCCACAGUAUACACACUUUGUGAAUCAGAGCCUCAAAAAGGAUGAAUUCGAGCAGCCGCUCUCCAUCAAGAUUUUGGCGCGCCUCGUCGGUCAUAUCGGAGAAGUAAACGCCGUCAGAUGGUCACACGAUGGAAAAGUACUCGCCACCGGCGGAGAAGAUCGCUGCAUUUUCCUGUGGACCAAGGAUGAGAACGGGAAUGGAAAUCUACAGGGAGACUAUGAAGAGAACUGGACAAGAACACACUACUUUCGGUAA